CCUAUCAUGGGGGACUGGAGCUUUCUGGGUAAUAUUUUAGAGGAAGUGAAUGAGCACUCAACGGUGAUCGGCCGGGUGUGGCUCACGGUCCUCUUCAUCUUCCGCAUUCUCAUCCUGGGUACGGCGGCAGAGUUUGUGUGGGGUGACGAGCAGUCAGACUACGUCUGUAACACGCAGCAGCCCGGUUGUGAGAAUGUGUGUUACGACGAGGCCUUCCCCAUCUCCCACAUUCGCCUGUGGGUUUUGCAGAUCAUCUUCGUGUCCACGCCAUCUCUGGUGUACGUAGGCCAUGCCGUGCACCACGUGCACAUGGAGGAGAAACGCAAAGAGCGUGAGGAGGUUGAGCUGAGUCGCCAGCAGGCACUGAGUGAGGAGCAGCUGCCUCUAGCACCCGACCAGGGCAGUGUGCGCACCACCAAGGAGACCAGCACCAAGGGCAGCAAGAAGUUCAGGCUGGAAGGCACCCUGCUGAGGACAUACAUCUGCCACAUCAUCUUCAAGACGCUGUUUGAGGUGGGCUUCGUGGUGGGCCAGUACUUCCUGUACGGCUUCCGCAUCCUGCCGCUGUACAAGUGCAGCCGCUGGCCCUGCCCCAACACCGUGGACUGCUUUGUGUCGCGCCCCACAGAGAAGACUGUCUUCAUCAUAUUCAUGCUGGCCGUGGCCUGCGUCUCCCUCUUCCUCAACUUCGUGGAGAUUAGUCACCUGAGCCUGAAGAAGAUACGCUUUGUCUUCUGCAAGCCAGCCCCGGGGCCAGUCCAGGGUGAGGGCCCAAGCUCCCUGCCCCCUCCAGGGGGGGUCCUCAAGAGCCUGCCCGCCCUGGCCGUGCCUUCCUUCCAGAGGGCAAAAGUCUACAGGCUGCUGGAGGAGGAGACCCACCACUACCCCCUGGCGGAGGCAUGCAUGGAGGCAGGGAGACUAAUCCCUCUGGCCCUGCCCUUUCAGUGCAAGGAGGAGAAAGCGGAAGAACUGGGGCACAUGGAAGACAUUACAAAGGUGUACGAUGGGACCUUGCCCUCCUACGCCCAGACCACGGAGAUAGGGGAGGACACACUACCACUACACCAAGAGGAGGAGGAGCAGCAGCAGCAGGAGGAGGAGGUGGAGGAUGAAGAGGAGGAGGUGGUGGAGGAGGAUGUGGAGGAAGUGGUGGACGGGGACGAGGGACCUUCAACCAAGGUAGGGAUGGAGGUGAUGGAUACGAUAGAGGACACAAGACCACUGAGCAGAUUGAGCAAAGCCAGCAGCAGGGCCAGGUCAGACGAUCUCACUGUAUGA